UUAAACUUUAUAAAAUCCUUCCAUUAAAAAAAAAGAAACACAAAAUAUGACAUUCUCUCUAAGCCUUGUUCAGGUCUUUAGCAUCGUUACAACAAUCAUUAUGUCCCACUUUGGUAAGUCUGACGCAAGAACAAGUCUUAACGUUCUGAGCUUUGGCGCAAAACCAAACGGAGUGGUAGACUCGGUAAAAGCUUUUUCGGAUGCAUGGGAUGCCGCGUGUGAAGUGGCAGACUCGGUCGUGAUUUACGUACCUAAAGGAAGGUAUUUGGUUAGCGGAGAGGUUCGGUUUGAAGGAGAAAGUUGUAAAAGCCGCGACAUAACAUUAAGGAUUGACGGAACUUUAAUUGGUCCGCAAGACUACAGAUUGCUUGGGAAAAGAGAAAACUGGUUUAGUUUUAUUGGUGUUCACAAUGUUACGGUUCUUGGUGGUUCUUUUGAUGCUAAGGGAUCAACCUUGUGGAGCUGCAAAGCCAAUGGUUACAACUGCCCUGAAGGUGCAACGACAUUGAGAUUCAUGGACUCGUUCAACGUGAGGAUCAAAGGAGUAUUGUCAUUGAAUAGCCAAUUGUUCCACAUAGCAAUAAACCGUUGCAGAAACAUAAAGAUUGAAGAUGUCCGGAUCAUAGCACCAGAUGAUAGCCCCAACACUGACGGCAUUCACAUCCAGCUAUCAACCGACAUCGAGGUCCGAAAUGCUUCUAUCAAAACCGGAGACGAUUGUAUCUCGAUCGGACCGGGUACAAAGAACCUUAUGGUAGAUGGAAUCACUUGUGGUCCUGGACACGGAAUCAGCAUUGGGAGCUUAGCGAAGUCCACAGAGGAGCAAGGCGUGGAAAACGUGACUGUGAAGAAGGCUGUGUUUGUACAAACGGACAAUGGACUAAGGAUAAAGUCGUGGCCACGAUAUAGUAACGGGUUCGUGGAAAGGGUUCGGUUCUUAGGGGCUCUUAUGGUCAACGUUUCUUAUCCUAUCGUCAUCGACCAGAACUAUUGCCCAGGCGAUUCUUCUUGCCCUUCUCAGGAGUCGGGAAUCAAAAUAAACGAUGUAAUAUAUAGCGGAAUCAUGGGAACAUCAGCCACAAAGAUUGCUAUAAAGAUGGAUUGCAGUGAGCGAGUACCAUGCACUGGGAUUCGAAUGCAAGCGAUUAAUCUAACUUACUAUGGUGAAGCAGCAAAGACUUCUUGCAUAAAUGUUUCUGGUAAGCAACUUGGUUUGGUUACACCUAGUGGAUGUCUCUGA